UCGCCGGGAUCCAGGUGCCCAAAUGGCUGCCUCUUCCGUGAUUUGCCCCAAGACUAUGAGCAGGGUGAGUUCAGUCCUCAAUCGAGAGGCGAAGCAGUUUGGAAAGAAACACAUGUUCGAUGGGAACGAGGAAACAUGCUGGAACUCUGACCAGGGCUCCACCCAGUGGCUGACAUUGGAGUUUCCACACACGGUCAAGGUCUCCCAAAUUCAAAUACAGUUCCAGGGGGGAUUUGCGAGUCGGAAAUGCACAUUGCAUGGCUGCCGCCAAGGAGAAGAACUUUCCCAGAUCACUGAAGUAUACCCAGAAGAUACAAACUCUCUCCAAAGCUUUUUUCUCUCCGAGGCGCUUUUGGAUAAACUGAAAAUCACCUUUGAGGACAGCACAGAUUUCUUUGGACGAAUCGUCAUCUACCGCCUGGAUGUUCUCGGGGGAAAGCUUUAAUGCAGAAAGA